UCUGUAAUAAUAGGGCGUAUGCCUUUCUCCAUCUCCUGCCGACAAAUCACUGCAGUGGAUACAUGCACAAUUUCAUUGGAGAAAUUAAAGUCUUUUUCAAAUUCGGAGGGUAACUAUUUGAAUUUGUAACUUAAACAGUUCAACCAUGCGUGAAAUUGUGCACAUACAAGCGGGCCAAUGCGGUAAUCAGAUCGGAGCAAAGUUUUGGGAGGUGAUCUCCGACGAACACGGCAUCGACCCGACCGGUACCUACCAUGGCGACUCUGAUCUCCAGCUCGAGCGUAUCAACGUCUACUACAAUGAGGCUACCGGCGCCAAGUACGUUCCACGAGCCGUGCUCGUCGAUCUCGAGCCAGGCACCAUGGACUCGGUCCGUUCCGGUCCCUUUGGUCAGAUCUUUAGACCAGACAACUUCGUCUUUGGCCAGAGCGGAGCAGGGAACAACUGGGCCAAGGGACACUACACAGAAGGCGCUGAACUCGUAGAUUCUGUGCUCGAUGUUGUCAGAAAAGAAGCAGAGAGCUGUGACUGUCUUCAGGGAUUCCAGCUUACACACUCACUUGGUGGAGGCACUGGUUCCGGCAUGGGAACCCUUCUGAUCAGCAAGAUCCGUGAGGAAUACCCUGACCGCAUCAUGAACACAUUCAGUGUGGUCCCAUCUCCUAAGGUAUCAGAUACUGUUGUCGAACCAUACAAUGCUACACUAUCCGUCCACCAGCUAGUCGAGAACACUGAUGAGACAUUCUGCAUCGACAACGAAGCCCUGUACGACAUCUGCUUCCGUACCCUGAAGCUCACCACACCCACCUAUGGUGACUUGAAUCAUCUUGUGUCGGCAACCAUGAGCGGUGUCACAACCUGCCUCAGGUUCCCUGGACAGUUGAACGCAGAUCUGCGUAAACUAGCGGUCAACAUGGUUCCCUUCCCCCGUCUCCAUUUCUUCAUGCCUGGUUUUGCACCUCUGACAAGCCGUGGCAGCCAGGAAUACCGUUCCGUCACCGUACCCGAGCUAACACAGCAGAUGUUCGACGCCAAGAACAUGAUGGCAGCCUGUGAUCCUCGUCACGGUCGCUACCUCACCGUUGCCGCAAUCUUCCGUGGCCGCAUGUCCAUGAAGGAGGUUGACGAACAGAUGCUCAAUGUCCAGAACAAGAACAGCAGCUACUUCGUCGAAUGGAUCCCAAAUAAUGUCAAGACUGCUGUCUGUGACAUCCCUCCCCGAGGUCUUAAAAUGGCAGCCACCUUCAUCGGCAACAGCACCGCCAUCCAGGAACUCUUCAAGCGCAUAUCGGAGCAGUUUACUGCUAUGUUCAGACGAAAGGCCUUCCUCCAUUGGUACACUGGUGAGGGCAUGGACGAGAUGGAGUUCACUGAGGCUGAGAGCAACAUGAAUGACUUGGUGUCUGAGUACCAGCAGUACCAAGACGCCACCGCCGAAGAGGAGGGCGAGUUCGAAGAGGAGGCAGAGGAGGAGGAAGCAUGAGCACAAGGAGAUGAUUAAUGUUUUAAUCCUAAAGCUGGAUAUUGAGGAUAUAAUAUAACUCUUUGUGUAAACUAUGUAAUCAAAUAAAAGUACUAGAAUAAAUGACUUUCUGCGCUUUUAAACAGCCCUUAUCUUUUAACAUCAUCAAUGAAAGCAUAUGCAUUUGCGUGAAUCUUUAAUAUUAAUCCAACAACUAUAAUGUCAUCUGCGCUUGUAAACAAUUCUACAUGUGAAUGUUUUUGUUGUAACCAAGUAUUGGAUAUCGAUUUUUUUUCUUCUCUGUUUUGUCAUGUUUGCCACAACAACACCGUUGAUAGCAUUUAUGAAAUAAACAGUAUCCCUUUUUGAAUGCCGAAGCGUGCGAUUUUAACUGUAAGGUAAUCGGAAAAUCAAGAAAAAUACAAAUCGAAAUCCCUGUAUUGGAUGCACAAAAUUUAGUACUGUAUGUACGGCAUUGUUUUCCAAAGACUGUUUCUCACAGAAGCAGGUAGAUUCACAAUUAUUCAGUCCAAUUUCUCUUUAAAAAUAUUUUCAAACUAUUACCCUCUUAAGACUGGCAAUGUACAGUUCACACAAUACAUGAAGCAGUUAUAAGUUUGACAGUACUUAACUAUUUAUUACAUGUAAUGCGGUAGCAUGCGAUUGAUGUGAGAUUUAUUUCAUAUUUAGUCACGCUCCCCGGAUAUUGGAUUUUGUAAAAUAGUUUAUAUGAUUCUGAAAUAUGAUUUUUGUACCUUAAAGUGCUUUAUUUUUUUGAACUGCCAAUUAUCACCGACGACAUUCUUGAGAUCUAUCGAAGUAUAAGUGGAUGAUGUAAUCAUUUGUUGUACAUCAUGAUUAUAAUUAUGCUUGGAGCAUGAGAUAGGGUUUUAAUAUUUACUUUCCCUCUCAAAUAUUAUGUGCAAUAAAUUUUGUUUUUCUUUGUAUUAAGGGGAGGUCCAUGCGGAAAUCAGUAUGCCAUUUUCAUUGAAAUGUAAAUUGAUAUUGUGAUAAUGCCCCCACAAACGCAAAAUUACAACAAUAUUCUGAGUAUCUCAUUCCAACACCCCCAUGCACUUUAUUUUCACACUUAUAAAAUAUUGAUAAAAUAUUUGCAUAUUGCAUGUGACUCUGCCGCUGAAUAAGCCUCAAACGGGUUUAUUAGGCUCGUCUUAUCAAUACAUGAUAUUACAAAUGAUGACCAUAAUGAACAUAAUUUUGCUACUUUUGAUAUUUUGCAAUUACAGUCCGUGUUGUUCCUGUCGAUCAAAUUUUGUGUAACGUGUGCAAAUAAAAGCGGCGAGGCUUAAAACAAAUCAA